AUGACCGAAGCAAACAUAAAAGAUGCAAUAGAGAGCAAAAUCAAAUACCCAUUCUGGUUUGGUGGCAGUGCCAGCGCUUUAGCCGCUUGCGUCACUCAUCCUCUUGAUCUUGUCAAAGUCCGUUUGCAGACACGUACAGUUCAUAUGGCCCCGUCGUUUGCUUCCGCCGUCAAGAUCAUCAUCAGUAAUGAAGGUGUAUCGGGCUUAUACAGUGGUCUAACAGCAUCCGUGGUACGCCAACUCACAUACUCAGGCAUUCGCUUUGGAAUCUACGAGGAACUCAAGUCGAAAGCUGGCCCUUCUUCCAGCAGCCAAUUUCUCCUGGCCUCUGCGUGGUGUUCCGGGUUUGCGGGCGGAAUAGCCGGCAACUUUGCGGAUGUUCUAAAUGUGAGAAUGCAGCAUGAUGGGUCACUCCCAGCCCACCAACGGCACAACUAUCGCCACGUCGGUGACGGUAUGGUGCGACUGGUACGGGAAGAAGGUAUUGGCGCUUACAUGAAAGGAUGGCUGCCAAACUGCACACGCGCUGCGACACAAACAGCAGGGCAGCUUGCAAGCUAUGAUAUUAUCAAAAAGUCCAUCCUCGAAUACCAAAAGUCCGAAGAAACACCCGCUGUACAAGCUACUUCUGCAUUUCUAGCCGCUGUAAUCGCGGUAACAGUUACUAAUCCUCUAGAUGUUUUAAAAACAAGGGCCAUGUCUUCCACGUCUACAGCUGGGACAGGUAUGGUAGCUACUGCAAGGGAAGCAUUCCGCGUUGAAGGACCUGCCUGGAUUUUCCGGGGAUGGGUACCAAGCUUUCUACGGGUUGGACCGCAUACGAUGUGCAUGUUUGCCUUUUUGGAGAUUCAACGAAGUCUCUAUAGAAGGACUCUCAAUUAG